ACAAUUAGGAUCCAGUGUUGAAGCAUUUAGGUAAACUUUAAAAGGUACCCACUUAAAAACCACCUAGCACCCAUCCUAUGUUUGAGAUUGUGACCAAAUCCACGUGGACCUUAUCUUUUUUUUUUUCUUCUUCUGGACUGGUGUCCCAACAUAAAAAAGCCACAACGGAGGUUAACAACACUGGUGCAUCAUCAUUAUUGUUCCAUGGCAGCUCACUUCCAUUGUGUUUUUUUUUUUUAUUUGCAUCCUUUUAUUUUUGCAGUAGGUAACUUUUUUUUUCCAUUGCCACUUUUUUUGGCAUCAUUAACUUCCAUUGUGGCCUUUUUAUCUAUUUUAUUUGCAGCAGGCUUUGGUUUCUUUCUUUCUUUUUUUUUUUUUUUUUUUUUUGCAUCAGUAAUUUCCAUUGUGACUUCUUUUUUUAUUGGCAGCAGUGGCGGUUCUCGGCCACCGUACUCUCCCUGCCACUUUGCUCUACUCUACAAACAUUAAGAGGUAAACAUGGGCUUUUUUCUCCACUGUUGGUGAACUGUAUCAUAAAAAGACAUCUAUUCAGAGAGUUAGAUUUGAGGUAGUGUACUUCUUUUUUUGUGCAUCACCACUUUUUUUUGCGUCAUUAACUUAUGUUGUGGGUCUUUUUUGUAUUCUUUUUUUAUUUGCAGCAGUGGCGUUCUUUCUUCUUUUUUGCUUUCUUUUCUGAUUGCAGCAGUGGCGGUUCUCGGCCACCGUAGAGAGAAAACAAACUAACAAAAAUAGGGUAGGCUCAGUGUUGUCUCAGGUACAUACAUUCUAACCCUGACAGUAAGUGAUAAAUGUAAACAUGUGUCUGCUGCUGCCUAGUCUCCACUCACCAACCCGGGGAUGCCUUUAGGAGCACCUGUCGUCCCGACAUCCUUUGCGUGUCCAAUAUGGAGGAACUGGCGGUGGAGGUCCGUGGCUCCAACGGGGCUUAUUACAAGGUAAAUAUCGGCUUUAUAAUCCACCAUUUGACACAACCGCCAGUUACAGGUUGUAGCAAACAAGUUGACUCCUUUUGGAUUUAGUUCACGGUUGCCUUGGCGAUCCGGACCCUGUAACUGCCCGCUGUUAGCUCGUCAUAGCACAGCUAGCCGAAAUUAGCAGGCUGAGCUAACAGAGCUAGCGAGUGUCCUGCUGCCGUCUGUCACUUUUUAUCGACGUUUAUCGAGAUGAAGACGGUAUAAAAGUGUCAAAGGCUGUUAUUCAACGUAUUUUGUUGCUACUCCGUGCUAAAAGUUAGCAAACGUGCUGUAUUCCUCGUUAACUGUUGACGCUCGGGUUAAUGGUUGUUUGGCCUCAUAUUGGAUGUUCAGACCUCAUUAAGUCUGUGUUUUGUGUUCACUUAUUGAAGGUGAUUGAAACCCCUUAGAUAUUGAUCACUCCGUAUGUUAAAAUACAUAACUGAUAGGAGGCAUCGUGGCUGAUUGUGACAGGGAUUUUACACACACACACAUUCACACACACAUGUCUAUUAUUUGAUCCUUCAUCAUGCCGGAGCUAUUUUCUGUAUGUGUUUGUGUGUGCCAGCUGUUCCUUGUCAAUCCUGACCAGCUGGUAUGUCAGAAGAGGGUCACUGAUACCGUAGACUUAAAAAGCUAUUUCUAGACCUGCUGCCUGUACAGUCCCGUCUCAUUCCCUCUCACUUGUACCCUAUGUUUCCUUCAAUUACCUCCUUCAUCUUCUUAGUUUUCCUACCCUCGCCUCUCACCCCACCUUGAUUCAUUAAGUGAUCCUCCAGCAAUGGCAAAACCUGCAGUAAACACAUUACAUUAACAGUGUAUGUGUGUAUUAAAGACGUCCCUGCUGCAAAAUCAUGAAAAAUAAUCAGUAACUAAAAGCACCACAAUGAAAAAUGCCCAUUUUUAUGAUAAUAUGUCAUCAAACAGUGUUUUAUUAUGGCUUUAUACGCUGAUCAGCCUCAACAUUAAGAACACCUUGGCAAUCAAAUGCAAAAAAACACCUCCAAAAAGAAGAAAACUUUUGGGUUUUUUUUGUUUACAUGAUCCAACAAGACAUAACUAUCCCUAAAAUUAAUUGUUGAGGUUGCAAUGUGUGUUGUCAACAUACUCAAGUUCACUUUAGAAAAGGUGUUUCUAAUAUUUUGCUCCUGCGAUGUUUGUUUGAAAAUUGAAAAAAAUAUUCCAAACAUUUUCAUUGUAAUGCAGUACACCAUCAACACCAUUACAACUUACGAUCAGUUAUCGCCUGUUUAAGAUGUCAGAUCUUCCUGAAAACUGAGCUGUUGUAUUGAAUGUUUACAUGUGUUUAUAAUGAUAUGGCUAAUGUGUGUUGCGCCAUAGAUAAACUAUACCUCCACAUAAAGAUCCUUACACACCAGGACCGACGCAAAUAUCCGAUGCGAAAUUACGAAAUAUUGGGAGGAGAACUUUGACGUGCCUGACUAUACACAUCAAGCACAAUGCGAUUUUGGGACUUUCCGUGGGGGAAAAAAAAAAAACACGUCCCAGGUGGAAGCGAGAAGACUGACACAACAGCAGACUGACUGUUUUUUAGUUCUGAUUAGACACUAGUGUUGAGAUGUCUGUCUGUCAUGAUAGCAUGUACUGAGUCGGGGCCAGUACCAGAUAAACACAUUAAACUAUAAUCCAUAAACGUAAGAUAAUCAAUGCCUAUUGCAACUUAAACAAUUGAAUUAAAGAACAGUUAUCAUCUGUUAAGAAUGUUGAAUCUUCCUGAAAACUGAGCUGUUGUAUUGGGUGUUUAUAAUGAUAUGGCUGGUCGAUGUGUGUUGCCCCAUAGAUCAACUAUACCUCCUCCAUAUUAGUCUGCCUUUGCUGCAUAUCAUUGCUCUUCAAGACAGAACAAGCUUUCAGCUGUGAUUACCGUUUUACUGUCUUUAUCUUUGAUGAGGAAAGGAAUGUGCUUUUUAGUAAAGUGUCCUCAGUUAAAAAUGGUUGCUUUUCAGGUUGGACGAAGAUCAAAAGUUGUGGUUUAUAAGAGGAGUCUUUUAUGAAGCAGAUUUUAAUGAAAAGGCUCCAAGAAAAGGCAGAAUUCAAGGUUUAAGACUGUGAUAAAAUAAGGAAGGUGCACUCAGUCAAUUAAUCAGUACAAUUUUGUAGUGUUAUCUUUGGAAGUGUAAAACAUAAAAAGAUUAUUUUGUGUUUUCAUGUACACAGUGCUUUUCCAGCUAUUCCAAGAUAUGCAUUACUGAUGUAGCUUUAAUAGUAUGCAAAAAUUUCCUAAUGUCUGAUGUUCCUUUAUAGAGAAUAAAAAGAUGAGAAGGGUAUGAAAAUUCUUAUAACUAGUGAUUAUCGCUGCCAGAAAGUUGUAAAGUUGGAUUAAAGUGAAAUGAUACAGUACAGGCUCUGUGAUGCAGUAAAUUCUAUCCCUUCCCAACCCUUGCUUCAUUAGUCACUUUGCCAACUUCCCUGCUUGCCAGCUGCCCUGGUUGAGUUCUCGAGUUAGUUUGCCAUGUAAUUUACCGUCACUGUUAUGUAAUGAAACUGUCACCACACCUCCACCAAAUGACAAUGGCCUUUACAAUACACUUUUCAAGCUACUGGAUGCUUUUAUCAAUAAACUGUUUUAUUAUGUAGUGAAAAAAAGCAGUUUCAAUCGCUUAAAUGAACGUUAUUGUGAUGAUGCACAGGCAGACACAGAUAAAAAAUAUCGGUGAAAUGCUUUUGACCAUGUGCCCAGAUUUUAAGAACUGACACCAAACUCAGCAGCACUUUCUAAUUUUGUAACAUUAGUCUCUACAAUCUCUCCGAAGUCAGUGUAAGGUGCUUUAGCAGUGAAAUACAUAAACAAAUAAAGCAAGAUGCUACACCGCAAGUUGGCAUUAAUGUGCACAUAACAUCACAGUUUUGCCCCUAAAUAUCUUUCAAUCAAAUAAAAGGUGGAACUUUAGUUUAAAACACAAAAGUUAUCUUCUCGUGAAUGCUUUCUUCUCCGUAGUCUGUGUCUCCAACAGGCAGUACUGUCAGUCAGCUGUCGUGCUCUAACAUGCUGCACCUGUCUGUUUGUCUGUCUGAUCUGUAGGGCUUUGUCAAAGAUAUCCACGAUGACUCUCUCACCAUUGCCUUUGAGAACAAGUGAGUGUUUUCGCUCCUGUAUUCCAGCUGCUUUGGUAAUACAUGUGAAAUUUUUAAGAGGGAUGUAGGAGGACUAACAUGUUUUAGUGAGCUAAGUCAUUCUAAUCUUAUUUAUAGUUGGCAGCCAGAGCGCCAGGUGCCCUUUAACGAUGUCAGGUUGCCGCCGCCUGCUGAUGGCAAGAAGGACAUCGGAGAGGGCGAGGAGGUGGAGGUGAGAACGACACACAUCAAGUCCUCAUAUUUUUACCUGUCAAGCUGGGCCUCACUGUCUUGGUUUCAAUUCUCCUGUCAGAUCCUGUCUCGGGCUAAUGAACAGGAGCCUUGUGGUUGGUGGCUGGCUAAAGUCCGUAUGAUGAAGGGAGAUGUGAGUAUCGCCAGCAGAAAGUUAGAGGAAGAAGUUCCACCCCGUUUUACACUAUCAUCUAGUAAAUAAUUGUUGGUUUGGUGGGGCCUGUUUGACAGACUUUGCAUUAUGUCUUUUCAGUUCUAUGUGAUCGAGUAUGCAGCUUGUGACGCAACUUACAACGAGAUUGUGACCUUUGAGCGUCUGCGUCCAGUCAACACCAACAAGGCCAUCACCAAGAACUCCUUUCACAAGUGCACUGUCCCUGUUCCUCAGGAUCUGCAAGAAGCGUACGUAGAUCAGCUAUAACACCAAAAGUCUGGAGUUCAUAUAUUUGUUCUGCUUAUUUCGCCUGAGUUUUUUGCUUUAUGUUUGAUGGAAAAUUAAGUUUUUGAUCAUAAACUUUUCUGUUGUUGCAGAUGCCAGAAUGACAGUGCCCAUAAGGACUUUAAGAAAGCUGUGGGAGCCUUCCGCAUCUCAUACUGUCCAGAGACUAGCCAACUUGUGGUUGUGGUAAUUGUCCUGCUAUUUCUCUGUUGGACAGCUUAAUAUUCAUUAUAUCAUGAACACAACCACAGGAUGUUAUUUUACUAUGUCUUGUAUAUCAUGUCUAUAAAGUGCAUGACUCAGCCAUGCCUCUUUGUGUGUCAUCAACAAGGUAAAUGGGUCAUUUUAAUUCUUUUUUAUUUCUUCUGUUUGUUUGUUUGUUUGUGUGCGUGUGUAGUCCAUGAAUGAGGCAACAGUAAAGCGCGUGUCUUUGCUGAGUGACAUGCACCUGCGCAGCAUCAGGACUAAGCUGCUGCUUAUGUCACGCAACCAUGAGGCAACAAAACACCUGGAGGUUAGUGGGUGACAACAGCACCAUAGGUCAGCGUCUGUGGUGAUCUAAAGUAAAGGGGAGGAUAUCUUCGCCUGAUCACUUUAGUUUGUUUAGACAGCAUCUUGGCAGUGAGGGCAGUUAGGAAUUGAGGAUUUGAAAUCACUUUCAAAUCCUUAAUUACUGCAACAGUAAUCCAUCACAGAUAAAACCUGUAUUGUUCUCAAAUAUUAAAUAGUAUUUAGGCGAAUUAAAACCAAAAGUCUAACUCUCUACUUACCUUAAAACAAAUGAAACUUGUGUUUUUGCAGAAUUCCAGGCAGCUGGUGUUGUCCUUUCAGGAGGAAUUCACAGUUAGAACAGACCUGAUGGGCCUUGCCAUUGGCAGCCAUGGAAGCAACAUUCAGCAAGCACGUAAAGUCCCAGGUGUCACUGCUAUCGAGCUGGAAGAGGAGACUGGCACUUUCAGGAUUUAUGGGGAGGUAGGGUUUUAUAUGGAAGAACUGCCAAAGUCAAGCAUGAGAACAAGGUUUUGAUAGAUGUUUUCACACAGUAAGAGAAAAUGAAAAUAUUUGAACUAAGGUGGUCAUAUUGGUGACUGCAGUUGGGCUGAUUGUAAUAUGAACUCUGUGUUGUCUUUCAGUCAGCUGAGGCAGUUAAGAAGGCCAGGAACUAUUUGGAGUUUCUGGAGGACUCAGUCCAGGUGCCCAGAAACCUUGUUGGUAUGUAGAAACUAACUAAUCAUGCUGCAGCGACAGUGAACUUUGGAAAGUGUGCUCUGAAGUUGCGUGGCACUGAUUCCCUAAAAAAUGACAUUACACAAAAAUAAUUUAAAGAACAUUUUUGGUUUGGUUAGAAACGUUAAAUCAUGCUCUUGAAUAAAAAAAUCUUAGUGUCAUGACAUCAACUCUAUUAUUCUUCAAUAAUACGAUUUUUUAAAAGACAAGGCAACUACAAGUGGAAAUUUUGCACUCAUGUCAUAUGUUUAAGAAUCGUUCUUGUGGCACUGUAUUUUGGGGUCGCCAGAAAAUCCCCAAAGCCUCUAUUAACUAGAAUUAUCACAGGGCAACUGAAAAUGAAAUGUAUGUUGGCAAUCAUGAAACCGCUCCACAGACAGGUUUUUGUGAAGUAGAACAAGAUGUUAUUAUAUUAAUAAAAGGAAAUAUGUUGAAAGGAAAUGCAACUUGUCAAAAUACAGAACUCCUCUUUAAUCAAUCACUCACACUGUGAUAGAAUUUAAAUUUGAAUUUAUGAAAGGAUAGCCCCUCGAGAUGCAGCACCUCAUUCUCAAGGGGGUCCCUAAACAAACAUACAUAGAACUCUAGAGGAAGAGACCUUUUAGUUUCACAAAGAACUUUUUCUUAACUCAGACUUGUGUGUUACAGUGAUUUAUCCCGUUUUCUCUGCUUUGUUUGUCUAGGCAAAGUGAUCGGUAAGAACGGAAAGGUCAUCCAGGAGAUUGUGGACAAGUCUGGUGUGGUGAGAGUCAGGAUAGAAGGAGACAACGACAACAAACAGCCCAGACAGGAAGUAAGCCUACUACAGUCAACUCUUGACUGCAGCUGAUAAAGCUGGAGUACUGAUAAGUCCAUGCAGUAUUCAGUUUUCUCUUUUUUUUACUUCACAGUUUGUUCUUUCCACUUUGGUGCACUAACAUCCAUGUUGUGUUUUUGCGAUUUGUUGACAAAGGGAAUGGUCCCCUUCACUUUUGUCGGUACUAAGGAGAGUAUCGGCAACGUCCAGGUCUUGCUGGAGUACCACAUCUCUUACCUCAAUGUAAGGAGAUCUACAGUAUGUACACAUGUGUGUCUGUCUGUGUGCAUAUGUGUGCCGAAAUGGGAUGAAGAGUUUGUUUUUGAUGCACGCUUGUGUUUGAUUUGCCGGUUCUUCGCGAAAGCUGCAGUUUACGGAUGUCUGCUUCUUAACCCAUUUUUAUUGAUUAUUGAUUUGACACUAUAAAAUGGCAAAAUGGACAUGUUACAAUAACAACACUCAAUGUAUAAAUAAAAUAGCGUAGCUCUGAUUUUGUGAUAUACUGGUUUGAUAAAGGGGGAUAUUUGUAAAAUCACAGAUAUAGAGUCAGAUAUAUGGGACUUGCAUACAGCACACACAUUUACUAUGCAUUUGUAGUCAGUACAUAUCAGGUUUUGCAGUUGUACUUAAAGUGGAUUCACCUGAAAUCAUUGCUGGUAUUUUCAUGUAUGCAAAAUUAAUUGAUGAAAUCUUAUCAAACUUGUUGCAGUUUGAGAAAACAAAUCAUCAGUUUAAGUUACCCAUGUUUGAGGCUGCCAGCUCUGUCUGGUAUAAAUAGAAAUGGAUGUGUGAGAGGACCGUCCUCCACACAGGCAGAGAGGAACAGGAAGCACAUGGAGCUGAGGUUGAUUUUGUUUUUGUAUUUUCACUCCCAGUCGUGUGUUGAUAAUGGCAUGAAAAGUGAUUAAGCUUCUGAUAAUGAUCAUAGAUAAUCUCUUUGCUGUUCUGCUGUGUGGAGUUCACUGUCUAUGUUCUGCAUGUAUGCGUGCCCAGUCUGUGGUGUGUUAUUUGCAUGUUUGGUGCUGCCCUGGUGCUCUGUUGUGUUUGUGUGUGUGUGGUUUGUUUGUUUGUUUUGCACCAUGUGUGUAUGUGUAGAAGAUGGAGGAGCUUCUUGCAAAGGGCCAGCAGCUAGAGGAGGAGCUGAGGAAAGGGCUGAGGCAGUUUGUGGAUAAUUCACAGGGAUGCAGCCUAGAAAGAGUCAGACAAAGCAACACAAGGCACACUGGAUGUGAUGUGUGUAUGAUGAUAAUGCAUGUGUACCUGAUGAUGGAAAAAAAGACUUUUUGGAACUCAAAAUCUUGCAAUAUUUGAUUGUUUCUUGCUUUUCUUUUGGUAUAAUAUUCGCCAUUCUUUAACUUUUGCUGUCCAUUUUUUACCUUUUCUUCUCUAGGAGGUUGAGCAGCUUCGUCUGGAGAGGAUGCAGAUUGAUGAACAGUUGCGUCAGAUCACCCUGGGUCACCGACCAGCUGACAGAGAGAGAGGGGACAGAGGAGGAUAUAAUGCAGAUGGUAAUGCCAAUGCCUCCUCGUCCUCUUCACAUGGCAGCCGCUCCUACAAUGGAAGAGGGCGCGGGCGCAGAGGACACAGCUACAGCACUGGAUAUGGUAUACAUUACAAAUGAGAACUCAACCUGCAAAAAGAGAAAAGAAUUGACUAAAAAAUGUCCAUCUAUGUCUCUUCAUUUGCAUCUGCCCUCGCAUUCAUGUCUAACUGUCCUCUUGUGUGUUUGUUUGGAUCUUCCAGGCACCAACUCAGAGCAGUCCAACGCAUCUGAAACCGACUCGGAGCGCAGGGAGGAGCUGAGUGACUGGUCCCUUGCUGGAGAGGACCAGGACAGGUGAGUUGUGAUAUUUAUCCUGUGGAUCCUUAAAAUGUCUUCAAUUAGAUAAAUAAAAUCUAAGGUCUUAAAAUAUCCUCAGAAGUCUUACUUGAAUUUCACAAUUUUGGAUUUCUGUGAUAGUGUCUUAGCGUGCCCAAAGUUUUGCCCUGCAACCAUUAACUGUAAAAUAAAUUGAUGUAGUGUUCAAAUGUGUUAAUUUUUAGUACAAGUGUGAAAUAGUUACAAAUAUCAGUCAUAUAUUUAUUCUUUCUGGGUCUGUGAAGGGCUACUCCUUUAAGACUGAGAUUAUGAAGUCAUUAAUUUUCUGGUCAUCUUGCAGAGAGAGGGAGAGAGGUCCUCGGCCACAAAGAGGCAGGAGGCUCGGACCUGGCAGAGGCCGAGGAGGACCCGGACGGGGGAGAGGAGGGAGAGGGGGCUACAACAACAGCCAUGGUAAAGUCGCUUCUCAGACCACAGUGAAGCAAACUCUGCAUUUAAUACAAAGUCAAUGUACAAACUGACAAACUGAACAACUUCAUUAAUCAAGUAUUUUCUGUGAAUGUGACUUUACCUUUUAGCAGGACAUCGGGAGUAUGAGGAUCACCACACCUAUGGAGCCCAAGAGACGAACACAGAGACUGACCAGACAGCCGAUACAGAUGCCAGUGAGUCCAACUUGCCUGCAAACCGCCGCAGAAGAUCUCGCCGACGCAGGACGGAUGAGGAUGCAACUUUGAUGGACGGCAUGAGCGAGUCAGACAACGCUUCAGUGAGCGAAAAUGGAAUAGGUAGGAAAUUCAAAAAUCCUGUCAUUUAACUUUAUCCUACCAAAAACUGAGCUUUAGGACACAUUUUCAGGAGUGUAACAGAGCUUAUGUUGUUAUUUCAUAAAGUGCACCAGUGCAGCACUUCCCGUUUGAGGUCCAUAAGGAAUCCUCAAAUUUUCAGAUAAGUUUUCUAGUUUUAAAGUAACUGAAACCCCAAAUCCCUCUCUUUGUAAUGAUUGAAAACCUUAGAUGACCCCGAGGCAAAACCUCAGCGUCGUAACCGUAGUCGUCGCCGCCGCAUCCGCCUGCCAGAGGAAAGGCAGCCAGGUAACCAUGCCGGUCAGUGCUCGUAACAGCUUGGCUGAAACGUUCCUCAUCAGGCGUGGUGUUUGUUUGUGUGCCUCACUAAACCAAUUAAGAAAACUGAGCUUUAAGUGUGUGGUCAUUGAACAAUGCUUGCCUCCAAGGCUAAAUUAUGAUGAUGACUGUCCACAUAGGUUUGCCGUGUGAAUGAGAGUUAGCUCCUGUUUUCUUGUUUUAUUUCACAGGCUCGUUUACUAACAACAGAGAUGCAGCAUUUGUUGUUUUCCAGGCUGCUUCACCAACAGCAGUCUUGUUUUUAUUUUUGGUGCACCACAGUGAACCUGACCCCUAACUUUUCUGUGAUUGUUACGUUGGAUGUCAAGCGCAUAAGGCCUUCAGUUUGGCUUCAUAAACAAGCUGUUGUUCCUUGUCUAAAAGUUGAAGCCUCUUUUCAGACUGCCAGACUGGAUCUACUCAGUGUCUUCAGUUUUUGUAAAAAAUUUCAACACUGUUGAAACUCAAACAGACUCUGUUAUUUGAAGAAAACAGGCAUUGUCAUCAUCAGCGGUUUUUCUAUUCUUCUGUUGUCUGUGCAGUGACAGUGGCUGACUACAUAUCCAGGGCUGAAUCUCAGAGCAGACAGCUCAACUCCAAGGACACCAAGAAAAACAAGGAUGUGGUUAGUACUGAACUGUCUAGCGUUAACAAAUUGCUGGCAGACAGCUGUUUAACUUUAAAGAGUGUGUCCGUGAAAGUUUUUAGGUUCUGUCUGCUCUGACUGUCUAUGCUUGACUGUCACCUGCUCAAACUGAAGAGUGGCUGAAAAAUGUGGAAUGUGCAAAAAAACUGCAGUUCUACAAAUGACCACUUGAGACAGCUUCCAGUGAGGGUUGAAUCUCAUAGACGUUCUUCUUAACUAUAGAGAAGAAAAUCACAUUUUUAGAGGGUGGGAAUCACCAGGUGACUCAUGAUACAACAUGAUAUCCAAUACUUGGCACAAGAUAACGAUAACAUGAUAAGACAGCGAUACUGGGAUAAUCAAAUGAAGAUGAAACUCGAAGUCUGAUAAUAGAUACAAAAUGCCCCUAAUGUUCAUGUUUUUGGUCUUUAAAUUAAACUUACAGAAUUAUAAAUCUGUGAAACGUGUAAAGUAAAAAAAAAAAAAAAAAAGGACAUUUCUGUAAAACUGUCAAAAAAACUACACACUUAAGUGCUUUCCCAGAAAUAUUCCCAUUGAAUAUAAAAUCGCCUGUUUCCAUUUGCCUUUAAACUCUAAAACCAAAACUUGUUUUCAUGCUAGCCUACAUUACUGUACCUGUUUAAAAGUACAAGGUCUUUUUCAGUUAGCUUCUAUACCUCUGUAGUCUUCAGUAAAACUUCUUCCAUUUGUGCACCUGCAUCAAGCUAGGUAGUACGUCUCAGAUAAAAAAAAAACACUGGAUCAGUUUAUUCUUUCUCUUUUCUUUGUAGCUUUGGAAGUUAGCAGUGAAUGUCUUUGCUCAUUUUUUCUUCUGCUACCCAACAUCCCUCUCUCUACCAUAUGAUUGAAAUCUUUGUCAGUCAAGUAACUGCCAUUCAUGCUCCUCCUUAUGAUUAUCACCACCGUCUAGAGUCACAAAGUGGUAACAGGGGGCGUCAACUCAGCGGGGAAACCUAUCCAGAUCACUUUCUUUUUUUUUUUUCAGUUCAAUGUUGACACUCAGCCCCAGCAUGUCCAAAACUACAGGCCAGGACAACAAUACUGAAGUUUUUACCAGCAGAUAGGAAAAACGUUUUGAUUUUAACAACUUGUCACUGGCUGAUGACUGUACAGGACAUAAUACCUUUUAGUUUGUGUAGCCUGCUUUAACGCAAGUAGGGCACAAAGUGACGGGUCAUUUUUAGGAUGCUGGUAGCUCUCUGAAAUUUCUCUGAAAACUCUCAAAUUUCUAGGUGAUGUUGCUUCCUUUUGGAGAUGUUUUUAUUCAAAUAUUAGACAUAUAGCUUGUUGUGUUGGUGGUUAUCGAAGAGGUGUGACACCAUGCAUGCCAUACCUGGUUUGAUAGUGCAGUCAAAGUUCCCAUUUGUUUGCAGUCAUCAGUGUGUAGGAGUCAGACUUAAUGCUGGUUUUCCACACAAAUGUGAUGAUGAGGAAUUUUGUCUUUUACACAUCUCUUUUUUUCCAGCACUUAGUCUCAGAUACAGACAAGUUAGUUCACUGCAUAUUACAAGCUCUCUGCUUUUGUAGUUGGAAAAAUACUCAGCAACAAGUCUGCAAAUGACAGUCGUCAAAUACAGUCAGAUUAUGAGGGAAAAAUGUACUUUAUCAGUUACCUAAUGAAUCGGUCAAUGAUGCCACUUAAUCUGUUUUGUUGAUUGUUUUUUCUUGGCAUUGGAAUAUUUAAAACCUUUGUCUUCCUCAGGGUCAGGUUGACACCAUCGCUGAGAACAGCCCGCCAUCUGCCCCGCCCACCACCAAUGGAUCCGGCAGCAACGCUGGUGUCAAAGAGGGCAGCAGUGCCACCAGAGCUACCAAGUCUCCCACUGAGAGGCCUGCCAAAGUCUCCUACGAAGGGGACUCUAACCCACAACCGGUGGUCAAUGGACUCUCCUAGUUCAGCUUGAGCUGGAGACAUGGUUUCAAAUAUUUGAAAAUCUUUGGCUGCAUUUAAAUGAAUCUCCCUGUUUCUGGGGCAGCUUCAAAAAUGUAAACAUCAAAAUACGAAAGCACUGUUUAUUUUUUUCACUUUACAUUACAAAUAUUUGAAACCUGAUCCACUGUGUAAGUUUCAGAGACCUGAACGUUAACAUCCCCUUUACACACGUUCUCUUCAACAAUUCAUUUACUACAUUUUUUUAAUAAUAGUUCUUCCUGUACGAGCUUGCCAAAGAUAGUCAAACACACACACACUUACAGACAUCUUCUUAACUGUACCUUUCAGUCCACUCUCCUUCGAGAGCUCAGGGAGAAGUUGGGCCGAAUGCAGUAUUUAUAAAAUGCAGACAGGGAUUCCACUCAAACCAUACUGUGGUAUGAAUGCAGCAACUCUUUUUUUAAUCAUAAAAAAAAAAUAAAAAUCACAGCAGGGUUUAAAAAAAGUCCGAAAGAUGCUUCCUAACUGUUUUUAGGAUGUUUUGUGCAUCUGAAGUAGUUUGUAAAUUAAAUACUCUGCAUGAGCAGUACCACAGUGCAGAUAGGUUUGUUGGAAACCCCGAGUAUGUUAAACAUACAUGUGAUCAGCUGUUGUGCCUUGAGAGUAGAUUCAACAUGUCGUUGCCUGGCUCUGCACACCGUCUGAAAUCGUUUCACUUCUCUCCGUGUUACCCGGUCACCCUCGCCUGCCGCCACAGUCAAACCAGGUGUCCUCCUGGUCUAAAUGUACACUUGUGGCUCUGUAGGCAAACACUGACAGAGGCUGGAAGGAUUUCAGAGGCAUAUCUUUUUAAAUUCAGGUGUGUUAUUUCUUAAUGUUUGUGGGGGAAAUGAGUCCAGUUAUCCUUUAUAUAUAUAAAUAUAUCUGUUGACAAGUUUGACAUUAGCUGCUUUCUGUUUUUCAAUAUGCAACCACUUUGGUCAUAGAAGAAAAUGUCAUUACAGCGUGUCUGGAAAAGAAGCAAACAAAGAAGAAUUGUUUUCUUUGCACUGAAAUGAUUUCUGUUAAAAAGUUGAUUGUAGUCGAGUCAAAAACUGGCCUGUUAACUGUUGCUGGACAGAGAUGUAGCUGUCAGUGCUGGUUUCCUCGAAACAUCUCAUCAGGCAGUCUGAUUGCUUUUUUUCCUCUUAGACACCAAAUAAGAGGGAAAAAAAAGUCAAAGAGUGUUUACUUUAUCUUUUAGGUUGAAACAUACAACAUACAAAAUCUCUGUUGAAGUAUUAAGAACAGGACUACCCUGGUGUUGAGAUGUUUCCGGGAAACCAAGCCUAGGUGACGAUGUCAUUUUCAUGGUUCUUCCUCAGACUGGCUGGCUGGAAACUGGUCAUGACUGUUCAACUAAGGAAGAGAUUUAUUGGUUUAUUUAUUUAAAAAAUGUACAGUAUUUAAAAAAAAAGACAAAAACAAGAGAAGCUCUUCUUUUUCUUGACACUAAAACAUGCGUAACCUUGGGUUUUCUUUCAAGACAAAAUGACAAUUUGGACUACUGAGAGUUGUGACAUCCCAAGUGUUUUUGUUGGGUCAACUACAGUAUGUUUUUUUAAGGAUUGUUCUGGUUGGUUGAUGUGCAAUAUGUUUUGUAUGCAGGUAGUUCUUAAAUAAACUUGAUCUUCCAUGUAGAUCCAGAA